CCUGCAUUUUCCUCGUCCACUUGUCCGAUCUCCGACCCACAUUUCUUGGAAUCCACAGAGAGAGAGAGAGAGAGAGAGAGAGAAAUGGCUCGCGCGAGGCUCCUGUGCUCCGCCGUCCUCCUCCUCGUCGCCGUCGCCGUCUCCGCCGCGGCGUCGAGCUUCGAGGAGUCCAACCCCAUCCGGCUCUUCCCCGACGGCGGCCUCCGCGACCUCGAGUCCUCCAUCGUCCAGAUCGUCGGCCGCACCCGCCACGCCUUCUCCUUCGCCCGCUUCGCCAACAGGUAUGGGAAGAGGUACGAGACCGCGGAGGAGAUCAAGCUGCGGUUCGAGAUCUUCAGGGAGAAUCUCAAGUUGAUCCGAUCCACCAACAAGAAGGGCUUGCCCUACACCCUCGGUGUCAAUAAGUUUGCUGAUUGGAGCUGGGAGGAGUUCAGGAGGCACAGACUGGGAGCUGCUCAAAACUGCUCUGCCACCACCAAGGGCAACCACAAGCUCACCGACGAAGCUCUUCCCGAGAUGAAAGACUGGAGAGAAAAGGGCAUUGUAAGCCCAAUUAAAGAUCAGGGGCACUGUGGAUCUUGCUGGACUUUCAGUACCACUGGAGCUCUUGAGGCUGCUUAUCACCAAGCAUUCGGGAAACAAAUCUCUCUGUCUGAGCAGCAGCUUGUGGACUGCGCUGGGGCUUUCAACAACUUUGGAUGUAGUGGUGGACUGCCAUCCCAAGCCUUUGAGUACGUCAAGUACAACGGUGGCCUUGAUACCGAGGAAGCAUAUCCUUAUACCGCAGUGGAUGGUAGCUGCAAAUUCUCGGCUGAUAAUGUUGGUGUCCAAGUGCUCGACUCUGUUAACAUCACCUUGGGUGCUGAGGAUGAACUAAAGCAUGCAGUUGCCUUCGUCCGGCCAGUGAGUGUGGCAUUCCAGGUCGUGAAAGACUUCAGAUUGUACAAGUCGGGUGUCUACACGAGCGAUACAUGCGGUAGCACUUCCAUGGAUGUGAACCAUGCUGUUCUCGCUGUUGGUUAUGGAGUUGAAGAUGGUGUUCCGUUCUGGCUCAUCAAGAAUUCCUGGGGAGCAGACUGGGGUGACCACGGAUACUUCAAGAUGGAGAUGGGAAAGAACAUGUGUGUAAGUCCCCUCCUAUAUAAAAUUCUUUGAUUUUAGUAGUAUUAACCAAAAUAUACGCUUUUGAAAUUCUCGCAGUCUUUCAGUUCAUGUCCAUUCAUUCUUUGAUUAAUUUCCUAGUAAGUUACUCCCUGCUCAUCUAAUGUUCUUAAAUUGCAGGAGUCGCUACUUGUGCAUCAUACCCUGUUGUGGCCUAGAUUGUUUCCAGAGGAUCAAUGGGUUUUUGUGCCAGGUAAUUCGAGAUAUAUAUAUUUCGCAUGAAGAAUUGCUCCGCCCUGAGUUGGAAUGCUAUAGUGUUAGCACAAAAGGGUUUAGCUUAGUGCAAAAAAUAAUCAUCAGGACAGCUGCAACUCCGUAUGGUUAUUGUUAUAUGAACAAAGACCUUGUAAAUACCUUUCUAUGUUUGUGUGGCAUGGAACGCUAUCUUUGCAAGAAUAACGCAUCAAAUUCCCACCAACGCUGUGUUUCUGGGAAAGGAAGAAACGUAUUGCUUACAUUCA